UCUCAACUCUUAUUUUUUAAUAUCACUGUUAAUACUCCAUCUCUUUCUCUUACUUAGAUUUGUUUCUGGGUUGAUUGAAGAUUAAUUGUUUGAGGAAGAAUGGGAAAGAAAUCUUCUUUUUCAUCGUCUACAUCUGUAUGGCGAUAUUUACAGCCUCGUUAUUACAUAAAGAGGCCUAAACGACUUGCAUUGGUCCUUAUUGUUUGUGUAUCACUUGCAUGGAUUCUUUAUGAACGCAAAUCACUUAGUAUGGGACACCAGGAGGAUAUUUUGAAAUUAAAAAAAGAGGUUAUUCGCUUGCAAAAUAAAUUGGAAGAUGUAAAGGGCAAUAUCAAAGAUUCAGCAGAAAGUAUCCAAAAUGAUGAAAAAGUCGAUAAAUUCACAAAUGACAUUUCUGUUGAGGAUGAUCCUAUUAAUUUACAACGAAGAGAUAAAGUAAAAGAUGCCAUGCUUCAUGCUUGGACAUCUUAUGAAAAGUAUGCAUGGGGAAAGGAUGAACUUAAGCCACAAUCAAUGUAUGGUGUUGACAAUUUUGGUGGACUUGGGGCAACUUUAGUUGAUUCACUUGACACAUUAUUUAUAAUGGGUCUUGAUGCCCAGUUCGAAAGAGCAAAAGAGUGGAUUGCAAAAUCAUUGUCUUUUGACAGAAAUAUUGAAGUUAGUGUGUUCGAGACAACCAUAAGAGUUUUGGGUGGCCUUCUUAGUACUUAUGACCUAUCUGGUGACAAAGUUUUCCUUGAAAAGGCUAGGGAUCUUGCAGAUAAGUUGUUGCCUGCUUGGAAUACACCUUCAGGAAUUCCGUAUAACAGAAUUAACUUAGAAUAUGGAAAUAUAAAUAACCCUCCAUGGGCUCGGGGAAAUAGUAUUCUUGCAGAUUCUGGUUCAGAGCAACUUGAAUUUAUUGCUCUUUCUCAAAGGACAAAAGACCCCAAGUAUAGACAAAAGGCUGAAAAGGUCAUCAAGGAACUUUAUAGAACUUUUCCUGAAGAUGGAUUGCUUCCUAUAUACCUUAAUCCACAUACUGGAGCUCAAUCGAGUGGAACAAUUACAUUUGGUGCCAUGGGUGAUAGCUUCUAUGAAUAUCUACUCAAGGCUUGGAUACAAGGAAAUAAAACUGAAGUUGUAACAUUUUAUAGGGAAAUGUGGGAGAAAUCAAUGAAAGGUCUUCGAAGCUUGAUUAGGAAGUCAACACCUUCAUCUUUUACAUAUAUAUCUGAGAAGCUUGGAAAUGCAGUCUUUGACAAGAUGGAUGAAUUAGCAUGUUUUGUUCCUGGAAUGCUGGCUUUGGGAUCUUCUGGUUAUGACCACGAAGAAGCUAACAAAAUGAUAUCACUUGCAGAGGAGGUAAUACUUAUAUAA